AGAAUUCAUUCUGGAGGCAACAUUUAAAAAAUAAACGCUUAAUUUUGAAAACGUUUCAAACACUUCAAUUUCACAAACAAUGUUCAAGCUAACAGUUUUUAUAUUGUGCAUAGUUAGCGUGAAAUGUUCGACAGAAGGAUUUGUUGGGUUUCAGGCGUUCCCUAGUGAAUUAAGGAUGACACAGGGAGAGAUCUAUCCAUCAGAAAUAGAUAUAAACACAUGCUGUCUCGUCUGCGCAAACAACGACACAUGUACAUCUGUUAACUACAAUAAAGGUUCAAAAACGUGUGAAAUAAAUACCCUAAAAAUGAAGUCCAGAGAAUAUCGAAUACAGCCUGACCAAGGAUGGACUCUCUAUGAAAAGCUACCAUGUGGCAUUGGCUAUAUGAGCGGCGCACGAUGUCGUCAUAUUCAGAACUCGUUUCAAUAUGACGAUGUCACUGAUCAUGAAGAGGCCUUAAAUUUCUGUGAGAUACUAGGUGACAAUCUGGCAACGCUUGACAAUGAGCAGGACAAAGUAGAUCUGGAGUCUGACGCAGAUUUAGCUGAUAUGUAUAUCAAUGCUUACAUUUGGUUGGGAACCAGCACCCCAAAUACCUGUACAUGCUUCAGGAGAGAAUUUGCUGAUAUAGAACCUCGAUCUUGUGACAUGAAUGCCGCAAUAGUUUGUGAACGACCUGGAUAAACAUAUCAUCAGGAGACCAGUCAACCCUUACUGCUUUAAUGACAGGAAGCAUUUUAUUUAUUUAUUUGUCAAGAGAUUAUCGAUGUUUCCUGAUUUAAAAUUGAUAGGCAAAAAUAUAAUUUAUUUAACUCUUCGGGCAAUUUAUAGGAAUCGGUUCCUUGAAAUGGAUAUCGAUUCUUUUGUUUUGCAAAUUGCUAUUUCUAGAGUAGGAAUAUAUGGCAACAAAGAGAAAAGUAUACCCUUUAAAGCUUUGCAUUAAAAUGAUCUAAAACGAUUUUACUAAACAAAGAACAAUAGUGUAAAAAGGGAUAAAUAUUGGGUUUAGUUAAGUACUAUCUGAUUUUCAUUUUUCAGCUUCCACGCCUCAUAUGAUGAUAUACAAUUUAUAUAAAAAUAUCACGCAGAAUAUCUCAAUAUGUGUAACUAGCAAUAUAUACACACAGUAAUAAUU